AAAGAAAAAUAUCCCCCACGCAACUGUGUUGAGAUCCUCGUUCUUGACCUUUUAUUGAAGCAAAUCCCCGCACGAGGAAGAUUCCAUUUCUUUCCGGUGGUUGGUGCAGAUCUAUUCACUAUGAACGCAGAAAAGUUGGCAAAGCUGCAGGCGUCUGUCCGUAUUGGAGGCAAGGGCACUCCCCGGCGAAAGGUGAAGAAGGUCCACAAGACCGCCGGAACUGACGACAAGAAGCUCCAAAGCCAGUUGAAGAAGCUGUCCGUCCAGCCCAUUAGCGGUAUUGAAGAGGUCAACAUGUUCAAGACCGAUGGCACUGUCAUUCACUUUGCCGCCCCCAAAGUCCACGCCUCCAUCGCUGCCAACACCUUUGUCAUCUACGGUGCCGGUGAAAACAAGGAACUCACCGAGCUCGUUCCCGGUAUCCUCAACCAAUUGGGACCUGACUCGCUCACCAGCCUCCGGAAGUUGGCUGAGAGCUACCAAGCCGCUCACGCGCACCCCCACGGCAAAGAGGAGGAAGGAGAUGAUGACGUACCAGAGCUUGUUGAGACCUUUGACCAGGCUGAAGAGACCAAGGCGUAAGACAGUGGAGGCGCAUCAAUUCCUGCAGUGUUUGCAAGAGGAGUGGAAUGGUUUCUGUAUAGUAGGUCGCGGGGAGCUGCGAAUAGCCCGCCAAACUGUGGAAGAGAUUGGCCAUUGUUUGUCCAUCUGCUGCUAUUUUAUAAAUUAGCUACGAUGUUGGGUUAGUUUGCGGGGCCACACCUGUUGAUUAGUAUGGCUUUUCUUUAUAAAUAUACACGCCAAAACAAAUUGUGCAUGGU